AUGUCGACAAAAAAUAGCGCACCCCCGUCCAUUUUGCGGAAUCCCAUCGAGCGGCGGGGGCGCACUCCGGUCCAGGCGCAUGUUCGCGUCCGCGCCCCGCUCUCCCAGCGUAUCAAGCUAUACCAUAAUCCCCGCUGGAGAAGUAUCGUGCUGACCGGCCUGCCACGGCGGCACCCGCUGCGCAUGCCGUGGCUCAGCACGCGUGUGCGCCGCCAGUCGCCGCUGCGCAACGCCGUGUCCGACGACGAGGGGAGCGAGAACGAAGAGCCGAUGGAUCCAGAAGAGCUCGCGGCGCUGAACGCCAUCAUUAAUACGCGCCGCAGCAUGGCCGCCGCACAGGCGCUCGCGAAACAGACGCAGGCGUCCAAAGAACUCGUGCGGUCCUACUCGCUGCCGGCGCACCUCACGGCGCACACCGGCACGCCGCCGAUGCUCGCACUCCAGGCAGACGCGACACGGCAUGCGUCGACGGCCGAGCGCAGCAUCCGCUUUGCGCCGCUCCCGCAGCCGACCAUUGAGAUCGAGGCGGCAGACGAGCAGCAAAGCGCGCUGUCGUAUGACGACGAACGCGGCUUGCGCCUUUCGCGCAGCAUCAGCACAGGCGCCCUCGGCCUGCGCUCCUCCAUCGAGCGCGCCAGACUCGGAAUCGAGGACGACGAGCGCCGCCCGCGGUCGUGGCGCCUGUCGCGCACCGGCCGCGCACGCUCGCCGAGCGACCAGAGUCCCCCGCCGCGCACGCUCGAGGAAAAGAUGCGCCGCCGCGAAAUGAUCCGCGCGACGCGCCCGGGUGGCACGGGCAUGGUGACGCUCCUCGACGGCGAGCGCAUCAAGGCACGGCAGGUCGGCGACCCGGACCACGAGCGCGUCGUCGGCGAGGACGUCCAGGCGCAGCUCUGGGGCUUUGCCGCGCUCGAGCGCGCACGCUCGCGCGACGGCGAACUGCCGCAGCUGGGCCUCUCCUCCGCCAAGGCCGAAGAGGUGCAGCGGCGGCACGAGAGCGAGGUCGAGGCGCUCGGCGCCGAGGCACUCGCGCACGUCCGCCGCGAGCGGCCGCGGCGCGGCGACGCGGGCACCGUCCCCGGCGACGCGGGCCGCGGCCGCUCGCGGCCGCACAGCCCGGACCAUCCGCGCUCGCGCAGCACACCGGGCUCGUCGCGCAGCCACUCCGAGGCACGCGAUACGGACGCGAGGCUGCACGAGCGCGUCCGUGCGAUCGAUCUCGCACGCAGCUUCAGCCCAGAGCCCGACCCGAGCGUGAGCAUUCCGAUCCCCGAACCCUACCUCCCCCGGCGCCCCGACGCGCGUGGCAUCAGCGUCGUGCCGCUCCCCCAGCUUGGCCGGCGUCCGCAGCGCCCGCGCGAGGGGCGCGCGUGGGCGGACUGGGACCUGAGCGACUCGGACGACGAGUAUACCACCCCCGCGUCGCAGUGGCCCGUGCGUGCGACCGCGCGUGCAGCCGAGCAAGAGGUCGUGCACGGGCGCCGUAUUGCGCAAGGCGCACGGCAGUGGGGAGGCAGCGAUGCGAAGCAUGUUGCGGUGCGUGUCGCGGCGCACGCCGACCAGGACGAGUUCUGGCCUGCGCCGAGUGCGACGCGUCGUAUUGGGGCGCCGCGGCGCGCGAGUCUGUCCUAUGGCGGCCUGAUGUACAAGUAG